AUGCGCGCCUUCACCCGCCUCCUUUAUGCGACGCCUUCCAAUAUCGGCUCCGCCGCAAGCCUUACCGAAGCCCUUGCCCUCCUCCCACCCAUCCCGCUCUACCGCCGAAUCCUCCGCGUGCACCGCAGGAAGCUUGAUCCCGAAAUGCGCAUUCUGGGAGACUCAUACCUGAAGAGCGAGUUUCGCGCUCACCGGAGUACGGAAAAUCCACUGCAUAUUAUCGGGUUCCUUACAGAGUGGCAAUUGUAUGCACAGAAGCUAGAAGGGGAUUCGUGGAUCGGUGAGAAGCUGGAUAAGGGGAAACUGGAUAAGAUGAGUGACCAACAACUCGGGCAGCUGUACGAGUUGAUGCAGGCGAUUCGGAAUAAAGAUGGAGAGGGGAAUGAAUAG